CCGUAAGCGAGAGGGAGGGACCAUGAUUAGCGGAAAUGAGGGUAAAAAGCGAGGCAAAAGUUGGAACUCGGAACUAGAAACUGGGAAGUGCGAGUCUUGGAGCCUCUUCUUCCAAUCGCUGCCGACUUGUUUAUAACGCGGCGAACGGCCCGGCCGGGUAAGUAGGAGAUUUGCAGAGCUUUCUUCCCGUCGUUCUUCCUCCCCUCCCCUCCCCCUCUCGGCCCGUUCAUUCUUCAUCGCUGUCGGUCACAUUCACACUUUGCCUUCAGUCUCUUUCUGGUUUAGCUGCAGCUCCCACUCUACGUGCCAUCACGUAUUACUACUACUACUGCUACAUAGCCCAACUAUACCAGCGUAGCAUCGUCAAAAGAUGAAGACCUCCAUGAACCCCGUCGUCGCCUCGCUCGGGCUGGCCAUCGCCCGCGCCGUCACGGACGCCGCCCCGUCGACGUACGCCUCCAACCACACCGCCGGCCCCGAGCUGAAGCACUGGCCGGCCGAGGCGGCCAAGGCGCUCAACACCAUGAUCGCGGCCAACGCCAACCAGAGCAACUACGCCGUCUUCGACAUGGACAACACCAGCUACCGCUUCGACCUCGAGGAGUCGCUGCUGCCGUACCUCGAGAGCAAGAACGUCCUCACCCGCGACACCAUGGACCCGACCCUCAAGCUCAUCCCCUUCAAGGACACGGCCAACCACACCGAGUCGCUGUACAGCUACUACCUGCGCCUGUGCGAGGUCGACGACAUGCUCUGCUACCCGUGGGCCGCCCAGAUCUUCAGCGGCUUCCCGCUGAGCGAGCUCAAGGGCUACGUCGACGAGCUCAUGGCCCUCAACCACACCGUCAAGACCACCUACUACGAGGAUGACGUCGUCACCCCCUACGAGGUCAACCCUCCCAAGAUCUUCACCGGCCAGGUCGAGCUUUACAACAAGCUCAUGGCCAACGGCAUCGAGGUCUACGUCAUCACCGCCGCCUCCGAGGAGCUCGUCCGCAUGGUCGCCUCCGACCCCAAGUACGGCUACAACGUCAAGCCCGAGAACGUCAUCGGCGUCACCAUCGUCCUGAAGAACCUGACCUCGGGCGAGCUCACCACGACGCGCAAGCAGGUCGAGGAGGGCCACUACGACCAGGAGGCCAACCUCGGCCUCGUCAUGACCCCUUACCUGUGGACGCCCGCCACCUGGAUGCAGGGCAAGUGGGCCGCCAUCCUUACCUACAUCGACGAGUGGAAGAAGCCCGUCCUGGCCGGCGGCGACACCCCCGACAGCGACGGCCCCAUGAUCUUCCACGGCGUCGACGUCGCCAAGGGCGGCAUCCACCUCUGGAUCAACCGCAAGGAGAGCUCCAUGGAGCAGAUGAACAAGAUGAUCAAGGACAACGCCGCCGCCCAGAAGAAGGAGGGCCUGCCCGUCACGGCCGACAAGAACUGGGUCAUCGUCACGCCUCAGGAGAUUCAGUGAACGUCGGUCGUCAAUUGCGCUUAAAGAUAAUAGAGUCAGAGCCGCAAAGGCAUAAACAGAACUAGACAAUCGACGUGAUGUCCCAUCAUCGUGAGAGACACGCGGCCCUACUCUUCUCGUCCUCUUAUUCUGUGUGUUACUCUACAGUUGAAGUUAAAUGUGACAGGCCGUCAAAUGUGAUGGCUGAACGAAGCGAGAUACGGACGCAAACGAUAUUGUAUCAAGACUAUGAAGAGAUUUAAGGAAAGACAAGUACAGUCAAUCAC